GUUGGCAUCAGCAGCGCAAUGUUCGAUGUCACCUGGCUGCCCACCGCCUGCGGCUCACUGGCGCCGGCAUUGAUACCGCCGGCUCAUAUAGUCAUAUUGUGGUACUUUUGGGAGAAUUAUGCAAGGUAUGUGGACCGGCACUUUUGCACGUGCUCCUGCUGGGAUACCGUCUUCAAGGGCCCCUACGAAUCGGGCGUGGCCGCCUAUAAGCACAUGUACUUCAAUGCAACGCCGAAUAGCUUCAAGAUGUGGAUACUGACCGUAUUUGCGGUAAUUGCACUUUACGAGUGCAUCAAGCGGCUCAUCGCCUUGAUACUGCAGCAGCGGGUGCGCUACUCAAUGCUGCUGCUCUUCCUGCUCUCCAUCUUCUCGCACUAUUAUGCCUGGUGGGCGUAUAUCAACUACUACAACGACGAUUACUACAAUCAAUGGAAUCACCAACUCUUCUUCACGAUAACGGAGCUGUUCUCCACAGUGCUAGUCAUGCACCUGGCCAGCACCACGAAUGUCGUUAAGCCGAAGAAGGUGUUCUGCAUUGUGGGCAUUGCGCUGCUGCACAUCCUGGCCGGCAGCUUUGACCAGUUCUUCAUGAAUGUGGUGCGCGGCGAGGGGGCAGCCCAUCAGGUGGUGCGCGACAUUGGCUUUAUGCUGCCGGAUUUGCUGCAUCUGGUCAUCCCGAUAUGGCUGUUGCGACGGGCGCGUAGCGAGAGCUUCGGCACGCGACCCUUUUACCGGGAUCGAAAGCUGCACCGAGAUAUUGUGGCCAUGCUGUGCCUGGUGUCCAUGCUGUUUGUGCUCUGCACUAUUUUGUGAGAACGAAUCUUGUUUGGCGCCUACGAGGAGGCGCACGGCAAGAUCAAGCCCGCCCAAGAUGCUGCCGUAAUGCUGUUGAAUCGCUACCGCAUGCUGGCCAACAACAAUGUGCAUAACUAGUUGGGCUGGCCGGACGCCGGGAUGAAAUGUGGACAAUAUGCUGCACUCGCCAGUAAGUGUGUGGGGGCGCAGCUUAAGCUUGUAGUUUUAUGCUUUCUGUUUUGCCAUUUACGACUUUUGUGAUAGAUUUUUGAACAGAGAUUUGGGUUUGAUGCAAAGAAUAUCGAGGCAUAUACGCAGUAUCGAACCAAUACUUAUCCCCGAGUACAUAAUCAAUACAGCAAACUGUUGACUUCCAUUUAGAUAUGUUGGCCGAUGCUCUGUUAAAACAUAUCCAUAUAUACACCCACACAUUAGACACAAGUGGAUUUGCACUAGGCACUAAUAGAUUAUUAUAUUAAACCAAACACUGGCGCAGCGAUUAAGUCGAGAUAAACCCAUAUUGAUAGUUACUCUAGAUACAACGAAUAAGUAAUUAGCAAAAGCUCUGGCAAGGCUUCGAACAAGUUAGGAACUGAAAGAUUAGGGACGACCUCAACAUCAACUUAUUGCCAAGUAUUGCAUAUACAUAUACCCACCCAGUGUUAUUCUAUCUUAACGUUAGAUGCGAUUUAGACUGUUGUUGGAUAAUACAUAUAGCAUUAUUAUAUAUAUACAUAUAUAUAUAUAUAUAUAUAUACACACUCACACGCAAACACACACACAAGUGAAUCGAAAUAUUCCAGUAACGUAGUAGAGAACAAAUUGAAGACCCUGUAGUAAUCAAAAAUAGCGUUAAACGAUAUUGUUAUACAACCAUGAUAUAGUAUGAAUAUGGAAUAGCCUCUAAAUAUGUAUACACCCGCACACACAAACCUAUAUACAUACAUACAUAUAUUUUUAGUACACAGCAUUAUAUUAAAUAAACAUUAAGAGACUGAAAACGGGCAAAUCAAAUAGUUUGCAUAGAUACGAAGAGCAAGCGGUAAGUUCAUAAACGACUUUUCUUGUAUAUAUAAUUAAUUUUAUUGAAAUUUGAAAAAAUCUUUAUUAUGUCAGUGUAAACACACAGUGUAUAUACUACUGUUCAUGUAUAUAUAUAUAUACAUAUGCCAAAUAUGUAUAUUUCAAAUAUGCAAUUGCAUUUUCCAAAAAUACAAUUCAUUUUCUCAUUUCGUAACUAAACUUUUACAACUUAGCAUUUUGUUUUACUACAAAAAUGAUUAAAUUUUGUUUUGUUUUUGUGUAAAUUAGAAGACAUUUGAAAAGAUUUACAUAAUAAGUAGAGGCAGAAAAAAACGUUUUAAAUAUAAUGGAAUGUUGUUGGUAUUGUUGUGCAAGUAUACAUACAUAUAUAUAUAUUGACAUAUAUAUAUAUAUGAAUACGUGCACAACAUAUAAAUGUAAUUGGCUGGAUGACGGGCUGUAGAGCGUGCAGCAACUUAAAGUACAAUCGUAACUUAAUUUGGUAA